UCCAGCUCUCACUGGAAAUGGUUUCUUAAACGAGCAGCCGCCAAGAGCAUUCCUUUUAAAAUAAAGAAAUUAAUUUCCUCUACACGAAAGAGGCUCUCUGCUCCAGCUAACUCCACAGCUCCAUAUCAGCAGAGAUCUGGACGCAUCGAGUCUGAAUUUCCUGGAAAGGAAACACGCCCAUCUGCAGACGGAAAAGAGAGAAAAUGAAACCAACUCUCUCUUCCUGGGGAGGUGGCCAUGGCUGCUUCUGGGGUUCCCGUCGUGGCUCUCUGCGAGGAAGCCACUUGCUCCAUCUGCCUGGAGUAUUUCCAGGAUCCAGUGAUCAUCCCGGAGUGUGGGCACAACUUCUGCCGAUCCUGCCUGAUCCAGUGCUGGGAGAAAUCCGAAGGAGAGGCUUCCUGCCCUCAGUGCAGGGAAACGGUUGAGCAAAGCAGCAUCAGGAGGAACCAGCAGCUGGCAAAUUUUGUGGAAAUAGCUAAGAAAUGCAGCCACCUGGGUGGAAAAAAGGAGGCAGAAGGAAAGGGGAGAGUUUGCGAGAAGCACCAGGAGCCCCUGAAUCUCUUCUGCAAGGAGGAUGAAGCCCCCAUCUGUCUGGUUUGUGACAGAUCCAAGGAGCACAAAAUCCACAAGGUGGUUCCUCUAGAGGAGGCGUCCCAGGAGUACAAGGAUCAGUUCAGCAGCUGCCUAGACAAUAUGAGGAAGGAGAGAGAGAAAAUUCUGGAAUUUAAAGCAGAUGCAGAAAAGGAAAACCAAGACCUGCUUAAGCAAAUGAAAGCAGAGAGAGGAAAGAUGGUGGCUGAGUUCAGGCAAAUGCACCAGUUUCUGGAAGAACAAGAGAAAUUUAUUCUGGCCCAGAUGGCGGAGGUGGAGAAGCAGAUUGCAAAGAAAAGGGAGGAGCACAUGGCGAGACUCUCGGGGGAACUCUCCUCUCUUGACAACCUCAUCUGGGAGGUGGAGGAGAAGCUUCAGGAGCCAGCGAGUGAAUUCCUGCAGGAUAUCAGAAGCUUCUUACAGAGGUCUCAGGAGAAGGAGAACUUAGAGGACCCUCCUGUGGCUUUUCCUCCUGCCCUGAAGUGGAAGAUCUGGGACUUCUGUGAUAUGAAUCCCUUCCUGGAGGCUGUCAUGAAGAAAUUCAGAGACACUAUGGAAUAUGGACUUCAGAUGCGAAAAGAAAACAUAACUUUGGAUCCAGACACAGCAAAUCCCUGGCUCAUCCUGUCUGAGGAUCGAAAGAGAGUGAGAAUGGGAGACGUCUAUCAAAACCUGCCCGACAACCCUAAGAGAUUCAACUGCCAUUGCUAUGUGCUGGGACGUGAGGCACUCAAGGAAGGCAGACAUUUCUGGGACGUCGCUGUGGGGAGCGAGGGGGAAUGGGCCAUGGGGGUGGCCAGAGAGUCUGUGAAGAGAAAAGGAGAUUUCAUCCCUGGCCCUAAGGAAGGGAUUUGGCGCAUAGGGAAGUGGGGUGAUCAAUACAGGGUCUCCGCCCAAAAUGGGCACCCUGUUCCGAUGUUGGGUGGGGAGCCCAAGAGGAUCCGAGUGACCCUGAACUGUGAAGGGGGAAGGGUGUCCUUUUAUGAUGCAGAUACAGCAGCCCUUCUCCACUCAUUCCCAGAAGCCUCCUUCUUUGGAGAGACCCUCCAACCCCUUUUUUUCAUGAGAAAGAAAGCGAACCUGACACUCUCUUAA